UUGAUGGUCCUGAAACGUUCUCUGAACUUCUGGCGCGCGCACGUGUUGUCUCUUUUUAAAAAAAAUCUGUAUGUCGUCAUAAUGGCAGUGCAGUCAUUGCAGAACUCCUUGACUUAAAAUUUGAAAACAAAGUUUCUUCCUUUAAAAUCGUUCUCACUGCUAGAAUGGGGAAUGUUUAUAGUCUUGUGAAGUCAAGGCCCAAUUAUAAGAAGGAACUCAAAGAAUGGAAGAAAGUGAUGGAGAAACAACUUGCAGAAAAGAACAAUGCAAUUAACAAUCUGAAUGAAGUUCUUCGACAACAGAACAAACGUAUCCAACACAUCCAUAACAACAACCAACAACUAUCAGACGCCAUGAAACAUAUCGUAAAACAGCUGAAGAGCCGUGUUUCUAUUCUCACGUCCCAUCUGAGAGAAGCAAGCCAGCGAAUCGAGACGCUGGCAUCAAGUUUCGAAACGACCAAACAAGAACUAGAGGAUAGUUCGACACUUAUUUCAUCUGCGAUGAGUGAGUUGAAAGAAGUAACUCAGAGAAUCACAGAUGUUGGGACGGCUCUAUCACAAAUGGAAUUUAAAGUUCUUCAAACUGAGAAAAAGAUUAAUCAUGGGAUAAAUGUGAAAAAGCAAACGAUACUUGAGUCCUUGCUACAAGAGAUUAAUGAGCUUGAGGAUGAAAAGGAUGGCUUGCUAAGAUUUACUGAAGAGGCGCUUGGCAUUCAUGGCGAUGAAGAAAUUAGAACGCAACUCCACGAGAAGAUUAAUUCUACCCUGGAGAAAGUGCGCCGCUAUGAAGGCUCUCAGAAAAUUGCAACAUCCUUAUGACGAGCAACCAUCAUCAUUCUUUCAUAAUUGUCAAGCAUGUGAACCUUGCUCAAUAAAUUUGGUAAC